UGCAGUGAUGAAGGACUGAUGCCCAGGGAUGCAGGAUGCUCACAACACUCGAUUGUGGGAGUGGAUGGCUCCUGCUCAAGGCUGCAGGAUGCUCUCGGUGCCGGCUUCCCUCCGGAAGGAGCAUCCUCGCCUGCUCCUGGAGAGAGGCGGCCCUGGGAUGCAGCGGUGCCUCAUUGGUCAGCGGGACCUGUGGAGUCUGCGGGUUGCCAUACCAACCUGCCUCUGGUUCCCGGCCAGCCGGGGCGUGAAGUGCCGGGUCGAGCCGGUGCCAAGGGGCGGAUCAGGAGCCGGGGGCAGCCCGAGGCUCUGCCAGCCAGGGAGGCGUCCAUCCGCCUCUGCCGGAGGGCUGCCUGGCCCCGCCGGGCUCCCCGGCACCCCGCAUCGCCCUGACGCCGCUCCCCGCAACUUUGCGGCACGGAGGGACCGGCGGGAGGGCACGGCCCGCGGGGACCAACCCGGACAUCCCGCUCAGCGGCCGGCCUUGGUGAGCCCGAGCCCCGGGAGGGCACCGCCGCCGAGCUCCGUGUCCCGCUGCCCCGCCGCACCGGAGCAUCCCCGCGCAAAAGUUGCCGCUGCCGGGAGCGGGGCCGCGCUGCCGCUGCCCGCUCCGCCGGCCUGCGGCGGCCGCCGAUGCCCGCAGGCUCGCCCCGGGCAGGAAGGCUCGGUCCUGCCCCGGGCAUCGCCCGCGGCUCGCAGGAGCUGGGGGCUGCUCGGCGGCCGGGAGGGGGUGCGGCUGGGUCCCUCCCCAGCGCCGGGAGCUGGAGCCAUGAGCCACUGCCAGCAGCGCUGCAAGCGGCAGCUGGGCCGGGUGAUCCGCUUCUUCUACCAGUUUGUCACCGGGACUCUCUCCCAAGACAGUGUUGAGGAUGAGUUUGAGCUCUCCACCGUCUGCCACCGCCCCGAGGGGCUGGAGCAGCUCCAGGAACAGACCAAGUUCACCCGCAAAGAGCUGCAGGUCCUGUACCGAGGCUUCAAGAAUGAGUGCCCAAGUGGCAUUGUCAACGAAGAAAACUUCAAGCAGAUCUAUUCACAGUUCUUCCCUCAAGGAGACUCCAGCACCUAUGCCACCUUCCUCUUCAAUGCCUUCGACACCGACCACGAUGGCUCCGUCAGCUUUGAGGACUUUGUGUCUGGGCUGUCCACCAUCCUGCGGGGCACCAUUGAUGAUCGCCUGAACUGGGCCUUCAACCUCUAUGACCUGAACAAAGAUGGCUGCAUCACCAAAGAGGAAAUGCUGGACAUCAUGAAGUCCAUCUACGACAUGAUGGGCAAAUACACCUACCCGGCCAUGCGGGAGGAAGCACCCCGGGAGCACGUGGAGAACUUCUUCCAGAAAAUGGACCGGAAUAAGGAUGGUGUGGUGACAAUUGAGGAGUUCCUGGAGUCCUGCCAGAAGGAUGAGAACAUCAUGCGAUCCAUGCAGCUCUUCGACAGCGUGAUUUAGCUCCCAGACCUGCCUCCAGAUGAGCUCUCCUGACACUGGGCCCAGAACCUUCUCUCUCUUGACUUUUCCUUUGGGACUCCCCUUCUCCGGCUGCACAGACACCUCCAUGGAAAGGGGCCUUCCUUCCCUGAGAUGCAGUCGGAGCCGAGAUCUUCCCUUUCCCCUGGCCCAGCUCUGCUUUCCUCGGGGAAUCCCAAGCAGGUGCUCCCAGAUGUUGGAGCAUGGGCAUGGCUGGCACGGGAUGAGAAUUUCACCUGGAUGGACCUCCCUGCACUCAAUCCCGGUGGAAAAGACGCAUCCUUGGGCUGCAGUAGAGGUUUCCCCAUGCACACCACCUCAAGCAGCCACAGCUCACCUACCCUGAUCAUCCCCAGCCCCAGGAGCCCCCAGUCCCAGCUCCAGCCCAAAUCCUCCAGCAACACUCUCUAGAAACCAAUAAAGUCUUGCAAUGGGCAGAGCUUUGGCUUCCUCCCCUGCCCUGGCUGUGGCCCUGCUGUGGGAAGAUGUCUGGUGUGUCCACUGUGAGCCACCAGCCACCCUCCCUGUCCUGGGCCAGUGGGUGGGCAGAGGGGCUGGCCUGGAGAAGGCAGCCACGUGAGUCCUGGGGGUUCAUUGCUGCAUGAGCUGUGGGGAGUGCCCCCUGAUCCCAGGGAUCCUGGUUAGACCUACGAGGCUCUUCUUGAGAGGGGCAGAGGGGAGGCUAAAGGGACUCCAAGGUGACUUGUGGCAUUUGUCCCCCAGGAUGGAUGAUGAAGGGCUGGGAGAGCUGCAGCCUUGGCCCCUGUCCCUCAGGUUUGGGGUGCUGGCACAGGGGGACCCCAGGGAUCCACUCUGAGGCUCCAGUGGAGAGACACCCUUUCCAUCCUUCCCUAGGAUGUGACAGCCAGGGUACAUGUGGAAGAGGGAGAUGGGCUGCUCUCUGGUGGCCGUUCUGGUCCCACAGGGCUCAGAGCUAUGCUCCUGGCAUCGUUUGCUGCUGACUUUGCCCUGCUCCUGUGCCCUGGCCCAUCCCAGCCCACCUGCUGCCCUGGGGCCAGGGGAAUGAGCAAUGAGGCUGAGAGGUGUCCCCACAGGAUAGCCCUGUGCUGGUGACAUGGCUGAGCUGGCAGCUCCUGGAGGAGAAAGUCUAAGCUUUGGUUAGACAGGAGUCACUGCCACGCUGCUGGCAGGCUGGAGGGUCACCUUGGGGCAGGGGACUCUUCUCCUUUUUCCAGCAUGGCCAUGUGAGAGCCUGCUUGGGGACCUUGGGGAUGGGGACCCUGGGUGUUUUUGUCACCACCAGCUCCUUGGAGAUGGGUGUGUGCAGACAGGCCUGUCCUGCCCACUUACCACUCCAAGUCGUAGCUGGGAGAGUGAUGCCCAUGGGCAAAUGAUCCCAUGCCAACUCCAGAAGCCCCUGACAGGCACUGGGAAUGUACCCAGUCCUGGCAGCCCCGAGUGUGGCUCCACCCUCUGUAUCCUUGGCCAGGGGUGGUUUGGGCUGGCCUGAGCUUCGAUGUCUGGGAUCAGCACCCAUGCUGGGCCAGACCCAGGCUGAGACCCUGGGGCUGCAGACAUUAAAAUUUAACCCCUGGGGCUCUGAGCCAAAGCUAUGGGGCUGCUUCCCAGGGGGACCAUCCCUGUCCCAGCCCUUGCAGAUAUCACGUGUUUUUUAGGCUCAUUUGACACAUUAUUUAUCUUGCAGACAUGAUGUGUUUUUUCGGUUCAUUCAACACACUGUUCAUCUCACAGACCUGCUCCCAGGUUUGCUGUGGGGCUGAGCUCCCACUUGCAUUCUCCAAAGGGUGGAAGGGCCUUGCCCCUCCAUCUCUUGGCCCUUUUCUCCCUCCUCCCAGCUCCCUGGGGUACCCAUUGUUUGCUGCCAUGUGGAGCACCUGCUGCCUCCCCCCUCACGCUGUAGGUCGCAUGGUGUGACCCCCUGCCCCAGGGCAUGGUGACCCACAACCUGCUUGGCAUCUCCAGUCUGUAUAUUUUGUAUUAUAACAAUUAUAUGAGUUUAAAAAACAAAACAAAACAAAAAACCAAUAAAAUCUAACCACAAUCGCUAUGCACA